AUGUCGGAACCAGUAGUUGAUACAGCUGAACUUUCGGCUGAAGAGAAAAAGAGAUUACUUAGAGAAAGAAGACAAGCAAAGAUGUCAAAGGGCAAGGCAACUGCCAGGUUGAACGAUAUUUUGUCGCAGGGUUCGUCCGUGAAGACAUCGGGAGUGAAAUCAGUCUUGGAUCAAGAGAAAGAGGCCACGCCAAGUCACGAUGAAGAUCCAGAAAUUCAAGAUAUCACAGAGAUAACUACCCCUCCUCCAAGAACACCACCAAUUGGUGAAGAUGCUCCUCAGGAUAUAGAUAAGAUUUUCCAAAGUAUGCUUCAACAACAAGGACAGGGGGCAGAUACUGCUGGCGACCCUUUUGCUCAAAUAAUGAAGAUGUUUAAUCAAGUUGAGGGUGGUGAUUCACCACCCAGUGAAAGUGCAACUUCGACACAGGAUCCAGCAGAGCUCAAAUAUCGCCAAGAGUUACUCGAAUAUAACACUUAUAAUCAAAAAUUGUGGAAAUUUAGAUUUUUAUUGGUUCGUGUUUCAGUGACCUUAUUCAACUUCUUUUAUCAUUACAUUAACCUCUCCAACUUUCAUGCAUCGAAUUACGCUUAUGUUAGAGAUUUGUCGUCUGAGAAAUAUCCUGUUCGAGACUUUUUCACUUGGUUUGCCACUACAGAAGUUGUUCUUGUGGCAGCUUACUAUUCGAUAUUUCAUUCUUUGGGGUUAUUUCAUGCAGCCAAUCAAAACAGUUUUGUUUUGAAAGCUAUGUCAAUGGGUUCAAUGGUGUUGCCGCAAUUGGAACAUUAUAAGCCAUUGGUUGCUAGGUUUUUGGGGUAUUAUGAACUACUUGGUAUAGUUUUGGGUGACUUGUCAUUAGUCAUAGUAUUGUUUGGUUUACUUAGUUUUGCAAAUUGA